AUGACUCUCGCUCUCUCCACCAUGUCGCCAUCAGCAUCGAUUUGGACAAAGGCGCUGCCGGCGGCGCAUGCCCACGACUUCAAGAGCCGAACCAUCACCAUCAAAGUUGGCCAAGAGCCUGAGUGCUUCUAUGUGAACGAAGCGAUGCUACGCAAGACCUCUAAGUUCUUCGAAAAAGCUCUCAAGGAGCAGUGGAAGGAGGGAAACGAGAGGGAAGUACGACUUCCAGAGAUGAAGCCUCAUACUUUCAACAUCUACCUAAACUGGGCGCUCACUGGCAAGCUCUUCUUGGAAGACGGAGAGGAAGUCUGGAUGUCGGACAACCAGAUCUUCGACAACAUCGCCGAUUCUUUCGUCUCGGGAGAUAUGGUAUUCGACUCUGAGUUCAAAGACGCAGUCACAGACGCAGCCGCUUCUCUCUUCGCCAGCGUACGCUCGGGCCAAGGUCGUUGGCUUCUGGGCAGUGAAUUGCGCCAAUAUCUCUAUGACAACACUUCAUCAAGCUGCGCUACCCUUCGUCGCAUGCUGGUUCGUCAAUUGAGCAUGUCAUCGAAGCUGGCAGAGCUCGUGUCGGAGGACGAACCGCCGGCGUCGCUAUAUGAGCUGAGCGUUGAGCUCGCUAAAGGAAAAUCGAAGGCGAUGGAGGAGUUCAAGAAAGAGGUUGAAGAUUGCGAGUACCACGAGCAUGCCCCAGGAGCAGACAACUGCUACAGAACCAGGCUUCAUUGA